AUGAACACGAAGAGCAAGAAGAAAUGGAAAAGGAGACGCAUACUGUGCUGGUUUUGGCCGUGGUCCUCUGAUGACUUGGGCCUCCCUACCGGCCGGUGGCUUCCCGCAAUCGGUGUUAACAUGGCCGCUCCAGGGAUAUCUUUGGACCUGCGAACCACAAAAAGCAAAGGGAUACUGUUGGGAAUGAUUGACGAUUAUGCUUCCAGCAUGAAGUUAUACGGCCGCACUCACACCAAAGCCACCACGGUCAAAGAUUGA